GAACGUGAGAAACGCUGCGGAUACCGUCAUUGCCGUGUUAGUUUUUUCUUGGUUUCUGUUGCGGCCGGAAAGCUACAGCACACACACACACACUAGCGGAGCCACGCACGCAUACAGAUACUCGCGCGUGAACUUUUCUGCAGCCGCUCUUCUCGCAAAAAAGAGCAGCGUUUGACUUUCUUUACUUGCACUUCGCAGCGAAACAAAAGAAGCGUCACAUCUCAUUUUCCUUCUCACAUCGCACCAAAACCUGCAAGGCAACAACACCUUUUUUCAUUCUUUGCUCUCACCAUGGCGACGGCUGGCAUGCCGAAGGAGGCGCUGACGCUGCUCCAGCACUACACCAUUGAUCUGAAAGACUUCAACAAGGCACGGGCGCGGUACAAAAAUGUGCUGGAGAAGGAGCUCGUGGCCCCUGCGGAGGAGGAAGGCAACACAGACGUCGAGGCCGCCACCAAGGACGCACAGGACCGCCUCCGUGCGGCGUGGCAGGAGUACUUGACCUCCGCCCAGGCCUACUUCAGCCGUGUCGCACGCACCACUGUGGGCGAUAUCCUUGUCGGCACCCAGGCACCGCCGGCCCCUGCCGCGACCGUCACCAGCACGUCGUCCGCCUCAGCCGUAGACGCGCGGGGAGAGGCUGGCUCCAAGGCGGACCUCGAAGCCAACUCUGCCCCUCUCUCCGGGACCCAGCGGGAUGCCGACCACGACGCUGAGCGGCUGUCGCUCAGCGUAAAGGCCGUCAGCGUGCCGGCAGUGGGCGAUGGUAUCUGCAGUGUCGGCGGCUACGACACGUUGGUGCAGCUCAACACCCGUGCGGAGCGCAUGAGCGACUUCUGCGGUCUGUGCGAGAAGUGGUACAUGCGGAAUGAGACGGUAUUUGAGCUGCCGGAGCCGGAGGCGUUGGCCUCGCUGGCCGCCGCCGCGGUGGCGUCGGUUAGUCGCCUGCUGCGGUUGCUGGGCAUGCGGAUGGUGUACACCUGCGCCGGCAGCAGCCGCUUUCUGCAGGCGUUUCUCUCCGACGGUGAGGCGGUGCGGUGGGUCGCCUUCUGCGGUGACCGCGGGCUGAAUGCGGAGGUGGACGCGCUGCUGCAGGUGAUGGAGCGCAUUUUGCUGCUCAACACGGCCGAUCCGAAGGCCUAUCCCCGUGUGCCGUUCGGCUGGUUUUAUCGCCUGCUGUCCCUGUUGGAGCACCCCGACUCGGUCGCUACGGCCUCUCCGAAGCGGCGCAGCAACGCCAUUCGUCUUGCGCUGCUGCUGCUGCAGAACAGGACCGAUCAGGCGACGGCGGUGGGGCUGCACGACGUGCUGCUGAACGCCUGCGUGAGCGCGACGGGCGGGGUGACAGCCGAUGAGGCGCACAGCAUCGUCUUCACCAUGAUCGAGCUCUUUGACGCACCCAGCACACGGCAGUACAUCAAGAUCACGGACCUGCGCACCCUCUUUGCUCCCUUUUUGACGACGACAGAGAAGAGUGGGACCGACUUGCUGGUUACACAGAACAGCGCGAAGGACCUCAUCGUCGCCGUGAUGUCGACGUGGGUCGGCAACGUGUGGGUGAGCUCUGAGGUAACCAGCCUGCGCUCACUGAUCGAUGUGUUGCACCUGCCGGGGUCGCUGGAUACGAAGAUGGUGAUCAUUACGAUGUUCAACAAGCUGCUGUGCCGACUCGCUUCGCACCGUGGCAUUGUGCCCAUGAAGCCGUGGAAAGGCUUCGAGGAAGACCGCUUGCGGAAAGCAGCGAAGGAGACGGAGGAAGGCGAGGCAGAGGGUGACGCGCUGGCGAGCGACACGCCAGAGUUGGACAAUAGCAGUUUUGUGGGCGACUUCCUCUUGAGCGACACGAAUGGCGAGAUGCCCAUCCAAGACGACUUUAUCCCCACCACAAAGGCACUCGGCUACCACGUUUUGGACGGCCUUCUCGGUCGCGUGCUCAUGACACUGAACUACCACGGCCUGCCUUACGCCCUUACGGAGCUGAUGCAGACGGUAAACAAGAACCGUGUCGUCACCCGGGCGGCGUCAAAUUUGCUGCAGGACAUGUUUGUGCUGAUGGACACCGUGCUGCCGCAGGUGAUCGUUUUUAAGCUGCACGAGGCGUUUAACAGCGCCGUGGGACGCCUGGCGAAUGAGGGCAGCCUGUUUGUAGGCGGGCUGACCUCGCAACUUUUCCGCAGCUACAAAAAAGUCGGUGGAGGGGAGUCGGCGGGGAAGGUCGGGACAAUGGUGCCGGCGAACAACACGCAGAUGGCGAACACCGCCCUUAACACCCCUGGCACGUUAGACAUGGACGACCCCACCUUUGCCACGAUGGUGCGCGAGGCGAAGGUGGAUCGGCAGAAGAGCUUUCAGACGUGGAAUUUCGACAUCUUGAGUGCGUUGGUGCAGGGGCCUUUGCGCCUGCAGCAUCGCUUCCGUGCCGCGCGUGAGCUGCUGGAGUCGCUCGUGCUCUUCUUCACCCCGUCGCGCACCCUCAGCACACCACAGAUUUGCUGCACCUUCAAUAACCUGCCAGUGAAUGCAGUGACUCCGCAGAUUUGCCUGCUGGGUGUGGAGCUGAUUGAUCUGCUGCUAGAGACACGGGAGGGGACGGCGCUGCUCGAGAAGGCCGGGUUCGUCCUGGCCAUCGCGGGCAUGCUGAAGGAGGUGCGGGUUGGCAAGCCGGUGACCCUGCGCCGGGCGGCGGUGAACACCCGCAUCGGCCAGUCGCUGCUGCGCAUGACGGGCCGACUGACGGCGCACGCAAACGGCCUGCUGCUGAUGCGCGACUACAGCAUUUUUAGCCUUGUCGACAGCAUGUUUUCGAAGCUGCAGGGCCCACGUCUGGAGAGCCCCAGUGAGGAGGACACUCUCCACGACGUCUGCUACCAACUCCUGCAGUACCUUACGCUCGGCGCAGUGCCAAACUACGGCGUGUGCGACGACAUCCGCCACACCUUCCGCGCCGCGCUGUCGAACCCGAGCAACACUAUUCGCCUGUGCGCCGCACAGCAGCUGAAACGAGCUGUCUGGCGUGACCUCUCGACCUCCAUGAAGUGGGGCAUCGAGACGCUUCUGCAGGCCCUGAACGACGACUUCUUCAGUGUGAUUGAGAGCGCGUUUAAGCUGCUGCUGAGCAUUUGCAUGUGCUCCGACGAAGGCCUCGACUACCUCAUCGAGUGCUUCCCUACGGUGCUGAUGGUGAGCGACGUGAUUCUGAGCCACGCAAAGCAGCUGCACCUCGACGUCCUCCUCUACCUCGUGGCGAGCCGACCAGCGGGCUUCCGCUUCCUGCAGUGCUAUGGGUGGGUGGAGAAGGAGCUGCGCCGCUGGGAGGAGACGCAGUCGGUGCAGUACGUCUUGAUGUUGAAGGGAAUGCAGACCGCCAGCUUCAACACGCCGGCCCCGUUCGCGACAAACGCGCGUGUGGGCAGCGGCAACGCCUCCCUCUCCUCCACAAGCGAUCCGUUGCGACGGCACACACGGUCCUUCUCCGACUCCGCGGUGGGCAAGUACGCCCGCGUGGGCAGCGGCGCGACGACGAACCUGCCGCUCCUCACCUCCUCCGCGGCCAUGGGGGCGAACUUCUUCCCCGUGCACUUCGCCUCGGUGCUGUGCAGCUCGACGGAGGGGUGCGCGAUGUUCAAGCACAGCCGGCUGUGGACGCGGUCGGUGCAGCGGCUGUUGGAGCAGCCCCUCCCACCAGACAUCGUGUACGACGACCUCCUCAGCGACGAUGAGGACACCUCGUCGGACGAGAGCAGCGACGAUGACUUCCACGUGGCGGCAGAUGCAACCCGCUACAUGCGCCAGCAGCGGUUGCAGCAACGGCAGGCACAGCAGCAGCAGGCUCAUCCAGGCAACAGCACCGCUUACUACAGCACGGGCGCCGCCCCUGCAGGCGGGAAUGCAGGCAUCGGUGGCGGCACGUCGAUCCCAGCGAGCGGCACCUUAGUCAACUCCGCCGGUACGAUGGCUCUCUACAGCAGCACCGGCGAGUACAUGGGGACGGCGAACUCCCUCAACCCGCUGCGAGGGUUGGACGGGUUUCGAGGUGUGUCGGGGGCGUCGCCUGGCACCAACGGCGGCACCGGAGCCCCGCAGAACCAAACUGUUGUGGCCAGCAACGUGAACAACGGCGGUGGCCGCCUUGUGUGGAGUGACGGUGGGAGCAAUGAGUUGGAGCAGGCGAACCGAGCGACGGCGAAGGAGUUGGAGCGGCUCAAGAAGGGGUAUCUGAAUCCAUCCUCGACGCGAAUUAUCUCCGCCGCUCGCGGCUACAAGCCAUCGGGGCAGUCCUUCUCAUUGGAGUGCGUCGGCGACAUACUAUUGCUGAAGGAUGCCCUUCUGUGCGUGGCCGAAGUCGGAUCGACGGAGGUGGGCUACGGGCUGAUGCUCUCCGUGCCGGGGCUGCAGCGCCGCUUCAUCGCACUCUCCCGCUUCGCCUCCACCAUUUCCAUUCGCUGUGUGGGGAUGCUGGGCAGCGCCAUUUUGGCGCGCUCUCGCCGCGGUGCCGAUGACUUGGUGAAGAGGGGCUACUCGGUGUUGCUGAACCCGAACGCGUACGUGAGCGCGGAUGGAGUGCCCUAUGCCGUGUCCUUUGCGCACUUGAAGCCGUCGAAAUGGGUAUCCAUCGCACGGAAGGUGGCACCGAACAACACGGCCGCCCGGCAUGCGCACGCCGAGGCGAUGCCGCUGCCUGGCAGCAAGGAUGUGCCACGCCGUGUGUGGGAUAAUCUCUUUUCGCUCUCCAACCCUGUCAGCUGCGAGAAUGCGAAGAAGGUGCUGUACAAAAUCAUGAAGAAGCGGCCGGAUAUUUUCCUCGACGUGAACAUCCGCCGUCUCUGCCUGGAUGUGGGCUUUGCGUACCGCAUGCACUACAAGGAGCGCCGGUUCCUCGUGAAUUUGCUGGACAACGCACAGCUGACCGCGAUGCCGGCGAUGAACACCAAGGCACCGCGACCACGUGCGUCGAGGGCGGCGUGA